UAUCUCCAGUCCGACUCCAGUUUCCCAAUUCCCGGGCGAUCGAUGGAAAUUAGGCCCAGACCAGGCCUUGCUACCCGCCCCUCGGCAACGCGCCAAAAGGAAAACCGAGGCAGCGCGCUUCGUCAUUCGCCAGCGCCUCCGAUCCACCGCGAGCUCUGGCGUCACCGUCUCCAGACGGAAUUUGUCAAUGGGCGGGCCUGCGAUGGCGACGGGUAUACGGGGGGAGGGGCGGGCAAAUGAGGUGCCCGCGGAGCAGCACGACAUUACGGUUCUGGGCAUUGAAGAGGUAUAUAGUUGGUUGGUCGGGCCCGUCGUCAUUUCUUUCCUCUUGCAAACAUAUCCAUCCUAUACCUAUACCUAUACCAUAUCCAUCAACCACAUUACACAACAUGGCCGACACCGCAACCGUGCUGGGACUGGGCAAGGUCCUGCCCGUCACCGCCUCCUUCGCCAUCCCCCUCGUCCUCACGCACUCCCUCCUCUCCCUCAACGUCGUCAAGACGCGCAUCGACCUCAACACCUGGCAGGGCGACAAGGUCAUCACCAAAGACGGCAAGGCCGCGCAGGGCAUCACCCAGCCCGACGGCAACACCUACGACCCCCUGUUGAUGGCCACGCGCAUCCACUCCAACUUCAACGAGAACGUGCCCAUUACGCUCGUCCUCGCUGCGCUGGCGGAGAUUAACGGUGCGGAUCGGAGCAAGUUGGCGGGUUUGUUGGCUGCGUUUACCCUCAUUCGCGCGUCGCAUGCGAUUGGCUUGGGCAAGGCGACGCAGCUCUUCCGUGCUAUUGGGUACUUUGGCACCCAGGGUGUGCAGAUUGGUUUGGCCAGCUGGAUUGGCCUGUUGGUCAAGGGCUACUGGGGAUUCUAGAUGGUCAAGAGUGUGACCAGAAAGAGAUGCAAUUGUAGGAUGAACAAAUUGUGAAGAAGACUGUACAGAAGCUCGAUAUCAAGAUACACACACCGAAUUGCUCUCAUCUCCAACAACUCA